CGGCGAGUGCAGGAAAAGACACUUUGAAACUCCGGCCGGCUUCCAGCUCUGUGAAAAAAAAAGAAAGUUUCCAUGGCGAACUGCAAAUUCUUUGCGCCGCUCAUGAUUAUGAUGGUAAUGGCGGUCGACCUAGCACAGGCGCAGUCGACAUGCUCAAAGUCUUUCAGCAGUAGUAACAGAUUGUUUAGCAGCUGUCAAACGCUGAAGCAGUUGAGCUCGAAUUUUGCAUGGUCGUACGAUCCUGAGAAUGGGACCAUCAAAAUGGCCUUCACUGCAAAGCCUGAUACCUCGGCUGGGUGGGUAUCUUGGGGGAUCAAUCCUGCGGGUACUGGCAUGGUCGGGACUCGAUCCUUGAUCGCCUUCAAGCACUCCAAUGGCACCAUGGUUGUCACCACUUACAAUAUCACCACCAAGAAAACCGCCCCUAAGCCUUCCGCCAUCGACUACAAGGUCGAAGACAUGGCCGCUGAGUUUAGCGGCGGUCAGAUUACCAUCUAUGCUACCUGGACUCUCAUGAACAAUAAGACCAGUAUUUAUCAUGUGUGGCAGACCGGCCCAACGGUCAGUGGCAUGGUUCCUGGAGUCCAUACAUUUAAUACUGACAAUUUGGCGAGCUUAGGGUCUAUCGAUCUCUCGACUGGAGUCGCAACUGCGUCUUCGGGGAGUCCCCGUACUUUUUUGAAAAAUAGGCAUGGAGUGCUAAACGUGGUUGGCUGGAGCAUCAUGCUUCCUAUUGGAGUAAUUAUUGCAAGGUAUAUGCGUGCUGUUGAAUCAGCAGAUCCUCUCUGGUUCUACCUCCAUGUUUUUUGUCAAAUAUCGGGCUUUGCUAUUGGUGUGGCUGGAUGGGCAACUGGUCUUAAGUUGGGGAGUUCCUCUAAAGGGAUUGUCUACCGUCAGCAUCGAAACAUUGGAAUUGCAGUUUUUGCCAUUGCCACUGCUCAGAUGUUUGCAUUGCUAGUGAGGCCCAACAAAGAAAACAAAUAUCGCAAGUACUGGAACAUAUAUCAUCACAGUGUCGGUUACACGAUCGUCGUUUUGAGUAUAGUGAACAUUUUCAAAGGAUUUGAUAUGCUGCAACCUGAGCACAAGUGGAAGCGUGCAUACAUUGGAGUACUUAUUGGUUUGGGUGGAGUUGCUGUUUUUCUAGAAAUAAUAUCCUGGAUUGCUUUCUUCGUGAAAAAAUCCAGUACUUCUUCCAAGCGAAACGGUGUUUAGAAGGACAUUUUGGUCAGAGUCUAGAGGCUGUUGUAAUUACCCUUCAGGGUGGGAUACUGAUGACUAGAGACGGUGCUAGCAACAAUUCUUUGUGUAAACUAACUCUGGUGGGUCUUGUUGAUUUUCUUCAACUACAUUUUCAGGUUCUGGGUUUCUUCUGGGAGGUGUUGUAUUGUACAGUAUACCAUUUAGGCUUCCAUGUAUGCUUGAGUCUGUCCCAUAUUUAAUAGUUUAUUUAUUUCAUGGAGCUGCUUUCACCCCGCUACAGUUGGGAGCAAAGCUGUUUAAGACUUGGAUUUUGCUUUUUCUCUUUGGUUGAAUAUUUAAUGAGAUUGUCGCCAUUUUUUUGUUGCAA